AUGGUCAUUACAACUGAAGACACAAUAAAAACUAAUUUACAGGUCGAUGCACCUGCAGAAUUUCUCGGGUUUAACAAAAAUGACGAGUCAGCAAUAAUACAAACACCAAAAUCUACUAUUGAUGAACUUAGUGAGUUACUUUCAAAUAACUUGAUCUCAACAAACAAAACAACUUUUCGAGCAAAAAAUUAUAAAGCCUCACCUUUACUAACUAGAAGUAAGAAAGAGACUCAAGAAGAAAGACGUAAACAAGCUUUAGAAGAACAGAAAAGACGAAAAUGUGAUUUUUUCACACAUGCUAGGAAUCUUGCUUUUGCUGAUUUACUUACUAAACCUAUUAAACGUAGAUUUGAAGUAGAACAAGACGAUGAUGAAAAUAAUGAUAAAAUUUCAAUCAAGAAAGCGAGGCAUAAAGGUAAAUUUAAAAAAGGAUCAUUUCGAAAAUUCAAAAAAAAAAAUCCAUACAGUAAUCAAGUAAUGCAUGCGGAAUGGAUGUAUGAAUUACCAAAUGAUUUAGAGGAGAAUUGGUAUGUAGUGUUAUGUCCAGUUGGAAAUACUAUGAGUCGAUUAAGAAACGAAGAAAUAACAAAUUCAAGUAAUAUUAUUGAUAAUGACGACGAUGAUAGUGAAAAUGGUGAAUUUAAUUCUGGUAAAAGAUUGCUCAAUUCUGGUGAAUUUGGAUGUGCAAAAAUAGGUCCUUCGCACGAAAAGACAUUGAAUGGAAUUAAACUAUUUUCAAAAAAUAUUUGUAGUCAAUUAUUGUUACGUGAAUUGGUUCCAAGAGAAAUUUCUAACCUACCAUUUAGAAAAAAAUUCAUUCCAAACACUAAUGGAAAAGUGAUUCUUCGAUAUGCUGAACCUGCAUAUUCUGGACAAUAUUCUCAAGAUGGCUCAUUAUUCUACUCUUGUAGUAAAGAUUUUCGUGUUCGCAUAUAUGAUACAAAUGAUCCACAGGAUCCUAAAGAAAUUAAAGUUAUCAGCGGGGAGGAAUUUGGAAGAUGGACGAUAACGGAUGCUAAUCUAAGUAAUGAUAAUAAAUGGAUAGCAUACAGUAGUAUAACACCAUCUGUAUGUCUAGCAAAGACUGAUGUUGAAGAAGAUUACCAAACAAUUUUAGAUUUUGACAAUGGUGAAUUAUAUGCGGCAAGUAAUGAUAUAGUAAAAUUGGUGAAUGAUAACAUCUAUGAUAUUGAAAGAAAAGAAGUAAUUCUUGAAAUUGAUGGCCAUAAGGAUCAUGUUAAUGCAGUGUGCUUUGCUGAUGAUUCAUCGCAUGUUCUUUUCAGUGGCAGCGAUGACUCUUUAAUUAAAGUUUGGGAUCGACGGUCAAUGCAUAAUGAAAAAGAAUGUGGUGUAUUAGUUGGUCAUACUGAGGGUUUGACAUAUGUAUCAUCGAAGGGUGAUGGUAGAUAUUGUUUAUCAAACGGCAAAGAUCAAAAAAUGAAAUUAUGGGACAUAAGAAAAAUGAUGUCGGGUGACCAAUAUAAAAGACUACCUCCAGUAAAUCUUCGACGUAGAAAAUGGGAUUAUAGGCAUAUGAGAUAUCCGGGAGAUAUAUAUUUUGAACAUCCACAAAAUGUAUCUGUUAUGACUUAUCGAGGCCAUAGUGUACUAAGGACAUUGAUUCGUUGUCAUUUCUCACCUGCUAGCACUGGUCACAGGUAA